AAAGUAUAAACAUUUUGCACCAUAUAUCAAAGAAGAUACAUUAGCGAAUACCAAAAAGUGAUUGCGAUUCACGUCGAUGAUUUAAGUAACGGAAAUUCGAUAAGCCCUGUAGCUCUCAAUUCUAAUCACGAAGCACUCUAAAAACACAGAGAAACCGAUGGUGAGAAACAGGCUGUAAAACGAGAAGGCAGCGAGUCUUGAGUGUCAGGAAAAAAGAUUGAAUUUCCCUCUAUGUGACCCCAGUAGCUGAGUUACGUCGCCAGCUGGAAUAUGGGAUUGAAACAUAGGCGCUCCCUGACGAUGUUACUCGCGUUGUCUGUUAUCAUCGAACUGUCAGUCACUGUGGCAGCGGGAGAGUGGGAAAUAGAUGGCGCUGUGGUCAACAUCAAUGGCGCUUUUUUCGGUUUCACUUGUAGUGACAUUGCUGCACCAGAUGGACGUGCAUACCCAGAUCACUGUAAGACACCAGCACUGCUUCAAAAGACUGAACGACCGAAACCGACCACGCAUGCGCCGCCCGACACAACCCCAGUAUACAAUGCGAGCACAUGGGAUGAAGAUUUAGACAAACAAAAUGUUCAAGUAACAAACGGAGAGCGCGAUUGCACCAGCUGGUGUUACUGGGUGGCACCCACGUGGGUCUGGGGUGAAGGUCAUUGGUGGCCAGUGAUAAAGACCAGCACUCCUCAGUUCCUGAAAUAUUGCUUUUGUUCGCCCAUCGACCAGAGGUGUACCCACUUCCUUCCCAAUAACUUCCAAGACCCGUUCCGGUCUCCGGUGUCCGUGUGUUCUCGGUGUUCUACAGACUGGGCGUGGAGACGGGUCUGGGUGUGGGACGACGGUAACUGUGACGCACACCAGCGGUGGUUGAAGGUACCCUCUGGAUGCUACUGUACCCUGCUACACGCGGAGUAUUGUUUGUCUACAGAUAUACACUACCCCUGGGACUACAGGCUACCGAACCUGGAGACUACCGACGAAGACGAGGGAUCCUAAAUAGUACUAUGUCAUUAGAAUAAAACAGGGGCGGAUUGAGACCGUCUUCUGGGUCUUUCGGAAGACGGUCAGAUUUUCAAGUUUACAUUG